UCAGAGCAGUCAGGAAAGACCUCUCCUGGCUCGCAUCUCCCAGAGGUUCCUUCUUUUCUUUUCUUUUUUUUAAUCUCCCUCUCUCUCCCUCUCCCUCACUCCCCGCACAGCCCCGCACCACCAUUAGCGUGAUCUCCGCGGAGUUCUGACGCCGCUGCAGCAUCACUGGCUCCGGGGACGUUUAGUGGACUCCUCGGACCCUCAGACUGACAGCAGGUUCACGCAGCAGCUCACCAUCCGUCUCGUCAAGUCCUCGCAGACGCUCUCCUGACGACGGCGCUCGAACAGGUCGAGUUGGAGCUCGGGUACCUCGAAACCAGCAGAGGCUGCUCUCCGGGGAGGCGGACGAAGAAGAAACCAUGAGUGAGUCUUUCCUCUUUAUUUGAUUGUUUACAGAAUCAGCUCGGAGUACAGAUGAAUGAUUUCAUGCAUGGAGGUAAAAACUUUCAGAGCUGCUCUGAUGUUUUUCUCUCCUUGAAAACAUCGUCUGUUUCUUUCUGCCCACUCAGAAGGUUCAGAUCAGGGUUAAGUCCCGGGGUCAGCGUGUCUGUCCUGAUAGCUGAGUCCAUUCUGAUGGCGUGUCCCCUUUAGACUCAACAGAAAAGCUCCCUAAAGCCCGGUUAAUUUCUGCCCUGAAGUAUCCUGACCCGGGAUGAACCCAGGUCUGAUUGUUCUGGAGGUAAAACAUGGAUACAGCGAGGAUAAGAGAAUAUGCAGGGCAAAGUCAAUGAACUGAUUUUGGAUGUAAAAUCUGAUCAAAGAGAACAUUCCCAUGUUUAAGACUCUUUCUUUGCUACAUCUGCUGGACUUUAGUCUUUAGUUUCUGUCCCUUCAUGAAAUAUAUAAUGCUGGCUGUAGCUUUGGCCCUUGGCCACCGUAGUAAUCCUGUCCGUGUUUUGUCUAAACCAAAGAGAAACCAGCGGGGAGGAAACGUGGAUUAUGUCGGACAGUUUAGGCAGCGUAGCAUUCAAGGUUGUUCAAAGACUUUGCUGAAAUGUAAGCGAACAGGACCGACCUUCAAAUCGGAAACAGAACCGCUCCGACCUCAGAGUUUUGACUUUGCAGUUUCUCGUCUCUUUUACUCUGAAGAAGAGUUUCUGUUUGAGCUUCGUGUGGAUAUUUCUGCAUGACAACAACAAUAACAGAGCGCCCCCUCCUCCCUGCAGACCGUUAAUCAGCCCUCUCUGUUGUAGCGCAGGGUUUAUCAGCCAUUGUGUUUGAGUCCCGUCCUCUGUUAGCGCACUUGUUUUCUUCUUCUACAGUCGUCAGCUCAGCUCACUGUACACUGAAUGGUUUUUACAGUUCAUAUAAGGAGGAAUAACUCUAAUCCACCUGUGAGUCAUUUGAUGGAAUCGGAAAGCCUUCUAACCUCCUUAUCGAGCGUUUUUAGGAGCUUUUCUGUCUGAAUCUGCAGAUUUGAUGUCAUAACUUGUCCUAAUCUCUCUGAUGUUUUCCUUCAGGCUCAGUUGAAAAACAGAAUUAUUUUGGGAAAUCGUUCUUUGCAGCCUUUUUUCUUUUCUUUCCGAGCCAGCUCUCUAAACCUGCCUUCAUAGGAUUGUUCUCUGUCCUGAGCACCCAAAGGAGUAACCUCUGGAGCUUUUGCUGGAGGAUGUUAUAAAUGGAAAUUUACAUUAAGUUCCAUCAGCUUUGUUAACCGGGCCGGGUGAUUUGUGUUCCAACUGCACCGAGGAUCAUCCAGAGAUAGAACAAGUAGAUUCCUGACACUAAUAGACGGAGUCAGUUUGUGGCUGCUUUACUUGAGAAUAAUUGAAGUUUAGGUUAUUUGCAUCAUUUACCAUUUUCUAGUCCUAUAUCUGUGUCAUAGAUUAAAGAAUAUGUUGAGAUUAAACCUGCACCAUGAAGGAACACACAUCACUUGUUCAGUUUGCAAAGAGAGAUAAAGGAAUCUCUAAAUUUUACAUUUACAAGAUCCUGCAACGAAGGCGUUGUGAGUUACUCUUUCUGGGCACCGCAGGUUCGUGCAGCACAGAUGUUAAAGAAAACCGCAACGUGGGCAACCUCUUCUCCAAAGGGGGGGUCACGGCGGAGGCUGCUCAACUCCCCAAUGGGAGUGCUGGGGGUGGGAGGAAGCGUCCCCUUGAGGAGGGCAACAACGGGCACACGCACUCCAAGUAUCGGCCCAAGAAGCGUAAGAAAGUCCCGGGGCCCAUCCUGCCGAAGAACGCCCUCAUGCAGCUCAACGAGAUCAAACCGGGCCUGCAGUACAAGCUGCUGUCUCAGACCGGACCGGUCCACGCCCCCGUCUUCGUCAUGACUGUGGAGGUCAACGGGCAGCUCUUUGAAGGAUCAGGUCCCACCAAGAAGAAGGCCAAACUGAGCGCAGCAGAGAAAGCUCUGAGAUCAUUUGUCCAGUUUCCAAACGCCUCGGAGGCCCACAUGGCGAUGGGCCGGACUCUGUCGGUCCACACAGACUUCACCUCGGACCAGGCCGACUUCCCCGACAUGCUCUUCAACGCCUUUGAGACCUCCGCCCCUGUGGACGACCCGUUUUACCUCACGCCCAACGGUAACGGUUCAUUCUGCUCGCUGGGAAUCGAGUACCCAUUACUCCCCUCCCCCAUCCCAAACCUGCUGCAGGCCCCCUUACCUCCUCCCCCGUCCCCCUUCAUGUCCCCACCCAGCGGGAAGAACCCCUUCAUGUCCCCAGCAAGCGGCAAGAACCCAGUUAUGAUCCUCAACGAGCUGCGGCCGGGCCUUAAAUACGACUAUGUGUCGGAGAGCGGGGAGAGCCACGCCAAGAACUUUGUGAUGUCGGUGAGGGUGGACGCUCAGAGCUUUCAGGGCUCAGGGAGGAACAAGAAACUGGCAAAGGCUCGAGCUGCACAGGCCGCUCUUUCCGCUCUAUUCAACAUGCAGCUGGACCAGGCGCCAUCGAAACAACCGAUACCCCGAGAGGGACUGCAGCUCCACCUGCCACAGGUCCUUGCGGACGCCGUCUCCCGCCUGGUUGUCGACAAGUUCAGCGAACUGACAGAGAACUUCACGUCUCCACAUGCUCGACGGAAAGUGCUGGCGGGCGUCGUCAUGACAACAGGUACGGAUGUGAAGGAGGCCGAGGUGAUCUGCGUCUCCACGGGGACAAAGUGCAUCAACGGCGAGUACAUGAGUGACCGAGGUUUUGCUCUGAAUGACUGUCACGCUGAGAUCGUGGCUCGCCGCUCGCUCAUCAGGUUCCUGUACUCACAGCUGGAGCACUUCCUGAGUAACCAUGACGAGGAGCAUCAGAAGUCCAUCUUCACCCGCUGUGAAAACACGCAAGGAUUCCGACUGAAAGAAAACGUCCAGUUCCACCUUUACAUCAGCACGUCGCCGUGCGGAGACGCCCGGAUCUUCUCCCCUCACGAGGCCGGAAUGGAGGAUCAAGGAGACAGGCACCCGAACAGGAAAGCUCGUGGACAGCUCCGCACUAAGAUCGAGUCCGGGGAGGGAACCAUCCCGGUCCGGUCCAGUAACACCAUCCAGACGUGGGACGGGGUCCUGCAGGGCGAGAGGCUGCUCACCAUGUCCUGCAGCGACAAGAUCGCCAGGUGGAACGUGGUGGGCUUCCAGGGCUCUCUGAUGAGCUACUUCACCGAGCCCCUCUACUUCUCCAGCAUCAUCCUGGGCAGCCUGUACCACGCAGACCACCUCUCCAGAGCCAUGUACCAGAGGAUCACCGAGAUCGAGGACCUGCCGCCGACCUUCAGCCUCAACAAACCCCUGCUCAGCGGAAUCAGUAACGCGGAGGCUCGUCAGCCGGGAAAAGCUCCAAACUUCAGCGUGAACUGGGUGGUGGGCGAUCAGGGUCUGGAGGUGAUCAACGCCACCACGGGGAAGGACGACCUGGGUCGACCGUCCCGACUCUGUAAACAUGCUCUGUACGGCCGCUGGAUGCGCCUGCACUGCAAGCUAUCGUCCACCCUGCGGUUCAGGACGUCGAGGCCCGGCAGCUACAACGAAGCCAAGCAGGCGGCGGCCGAGUACCACAACUCCAAACAGAGCCUGUUCAGAGCUUUUCACAAAGCUGGCCUCGGAGCCUGGGUGAAGAAACCCAUCGAGCAGGACCAGUUCGCUCUCACCACCUGAGACUAAACCCCACCUGCUGCACGCUGCUGCUGCUGCUGCUGCUGCUGCUGCACAUUGCUGCAGGUGCUGCUGCUGCUGCUCCUGCAGGUGC